UCUGCGGACCUGCCUGCUGUCUGUCAGAUUGGCGUGAUUGUGUGUAUGAAUGCGCAGUAUAGCGCAUAAUUGCAGCGUAACGGGUCGGUCAUUUUGUCGCACUUAACAACGCGAUACGAUAGAUACAUUCAGCGAACCACAGAAAUACGUCAUUACAAAUAAAGACUAUUCCUUUGGUACUAAACAGAAAGCGGUAAGUGAGUGCGCAUUGAGACAGACAGCGAGGGAUUAUUGAAAUUGGAGUUUGUUGCUGGCGUGCGCAGUCGAAACAGGCAGACCUUUCCCAAUGGCAUCCCCUCUGGAAGAUGUCUUGGCUAAUGAAACACUGCUCAAGAACUUGGAGUUGGUUGCUAAGGAUGCCGCUCUUCUGCAGGGAAUCCUCAUGAGAACCAAAGAGGAGCCCAAUGCAUCAGAGGUAGUGAGCUACGCUCCGUUUACGAUGUUCCCAUCUCCAGUACCUAGGCCUCUGUUUGAACAGGCGAAGCAGGUACAGAGAGAUUUCAAUCUGCUGGUUGAUAGAAUCAGCCAGGACACAGAAUUCCUGGAGCAGGCCCUAACCAGCACAAUCAAGGUAGAUGACUUCACAGGACAGCUGUUCAAAAUCUACAGAAACGUUCUUCAGGAAGGCCUUUCUCAGCCCAUAGUUUUAGGUUUAAACCGGUCAGACUACAUGCUGGACUAUGGCAAGGAUGGCAGCACAUCACUGAAACAGGUUGAGAUCAACACCAUAGCGGCCAGCUUUGGGGGGCUAGCGUCUCGGACGCCAGCCGUCCACAGGCACAUAUUGAAAGUUGCUGGCAAAUCCGAUGAAGGCGUCAGAAUCCCGGACAAUAAUCCCGCAGAGGGUCUGGCUGAUGGCAUCGCGAAAGCCUGGGAGUUGUACGGUUCCAUGAGUGCUGUUGUUAUGUUUCUGGUUGAAGAUUUCCAAAUGAAUAUAUUUGACCACAGAUCUGUGGAAAAUGAGCUCUGGAGCAGGAAUAUCCAUGCCAUUCGUAGAACAUUUGAUGAGGUGUGUGAAAGAGGAUCAUUGGAUCAGGACAGGAGGCUUUUUAUAGACAGCCUCGAGGUUGCAGUGGUGUACUAUAGGAACGGCUACAUGCCUCAGAACUACACAGAACAGAGCUGGGAGGCCCGAUUGCUGAUGGAGCGCUCCAGGGCAGUGAAGUGUCCUGAUAUCGGCACCCAUCUGGCUGGGACAAAGAAGGUCCAGCAGGAGCUGGCUCGGCCCGGGGUUCUGGAGAGGUUCUUUCCUGAUGACCAGGAAGCUGCUGUUCGGAUCAGAGCCACUUUUACAGGCCUUUAUACACUAGACAUGGGUGAAGAGGGUGAUCGGACAGUUGCUAUGGCCAUCGCUGACCCGGACCGGUUUGUUUUGAAGCCGCAGAGAGAAGGAGGAGGAAACAAUAUAUACGGUGAAGAUAUGUGCAAGGUACUACAUAACGUGAAAGAGAGCUCGGAGAGGACCGCCUACAUCCUGAUGGACAAAAUCAGACCCCAGCCAGUGAAGAACGUCCUGCUGAGAAAGGGGUCUCCCCUCACUCUGUCCACCUGCCUCUGUGAGCUGGGCAUGUAUGGAGUCUAUGUGAGGCUGGGUAAGGAUAUGGUUCUGAAUGAGUGUGCAGGACACCUGCUAAGGACUAAAAGCACUCAACAUGAUGAUGGGGGCGUGGCAGCUGGAGUGGCAGUCCUGGAUAACCCUCUCCUCUGCUGAACUUACUGUGCCUUACACUUGAUGGGGACCCUCCAAACUUGAGCAAUGUUAUUGAAGGGGACCAGCAACUACAGUUUACCAAACUCCUUUCUUGUCUGCAGAACUGAUUCUGGUGGUAUAGUAGUUAUUUCAAAUCAAUAGAAGGCUUUUUAUUUAUUAGAAAUGAGACACUUUAAUCAAUGAUCUCAAAACCAUAUUAGUGGUUAUAGCCAUGUAUAGGCAUUAUAGCACUACAGGAAAGAACAGGUAAUAAUGUGUUUGAUGUUCGUUGGACUACAGUAUGUGCAGUCAUUGCGACAGUAAUCUGUUAUUGUCAUGUGUUAGACAUCGCCACAAUAGUAAGAGUUAAGGAGUCUCCCAGUCUAAUGGUUGAAAUGGAUUUAACUAGGGCUAUGUUUUGUAUUUUUAAACUGUUUUCCAUUCAUUUUGGCAUUCCAUAGUGGUUGAAUUGUUUUAAUGUCACAUUCUUUUAUGCACAUAAUACAACCAGUAGAAGAAAUCAUUUGUUUCCUUGUAAUCGUAGCACUCGCAAGAAACCUUUAUUAUGAAACGUUUUCUAAUAUAAUUAGAGCAACGGCAGGUUUUACCUACUACGAACCUAUUCAGAAGCGGCUCUACCAGUUUAGGUAAUUGCAUUUGUAUUGUUCUGUAUAAAUGUGGAAUUAACAAUAAAAUGUCACUUUGCAA